AAAGAAAACAGACCAACACAGCGUGGUUUAAGUAUUCAGCAUUACCUGUCUUUGGUCAUCUCCGGAGAGACCCGUCACUCGUCAGUAACUUAUUCUCACGACGCAAAUCCAAAUGCUGCCAGUAACGUCUCCUUCCCACUUCCAAAUGUCCCGAGCCAUUGCCCUGCACUCUUUCAGCGCGGUCCGGGCGGCUACUCCUUCCCGGCGACCAAGAGUACAGCCUCAGACGCAAGUAAAAGACAGCGGGAGCUGCGAAGCGGCGGCCCUCGGCUUCAGCGGCCGAGGGAAGGAACAGGUGUGGAAGUGCGUGGAGGGCUGCGGAGCCUGCUGCAAGCUAGACAAAGGCCCCGCCUUCGCCACCCCUGAAGAAAUCUUUCAUGACCCAUCUGACGUCCAGCUUUUUAGAAGCUUGAUAGGUCCUGAUGGAUGGUGUGUACACUUUGAGAAGAGCACUCGAAGAUGCUCCAUCUAUGCCGAUCGUCCAUAUUUUUGCCGCGUGGAGCCAGAUAUAUUCAAAAAUUUAUAUGGAAUUGAGAAGAAGAAAUUCAACAAAGAGGCCUGCAGCUGCUGCAGGGAUACCAUUAAAGCAAUUUAUGGAAGCCAGUCAAUAGAGUUGGACAAUUUCAAUCGUGCCACAAGGAGCGGAAAUCGUAUUAAAUUCAAUAGUUUUUCUUAAGGCUUGAUAUAAAUUAUAUUGCUGACAGCCUAUUGUCAGCUUAAGCUUUUAGAUAAAAUGGUUGUGAUGGAGCCAAGUCUUGUGUUUUAUUCUUGUCUCACGUAUUUAUCAUUUUGUUGUCAAAAAAAUUAUGUUAGUUCCCCAUGUUGGGCCUUGCCCAUUGUUUGUUUACCUCUCCACAUGCGAUAAGGGUGCAUGUGUGGGGGAAUGUUGAGGUUUAAUUCACUAUAGCAAUGUGUCCAUGCCUAAUAUUAUUACUCUAGGAUGUGUUAUUUUCACAAAA